CAGACGCGAACUCGUUGGCCCCUUCCUUAGCUUCUCUUCUCUUUCCCCCACCACCAAGCCACCACCAUUGCGGCGAUCGCAAUCCCUAGACGCCGAUCAUCAUCGCUCUCUCGAUUCCUUGGUUUCGGAUUCACCACCCUUCCUUUGCCCAUCUAGAUGGAAAGUGAGCACCUUCAUGAUACUGACAAACUUUCUGGCAUUGAUGAUUCUGUGGAACUGAAAGCAAUAAAGAAAUUAAUGGAUCCUGCAUCUAAUGUUUCUGAAUCUAUACUUGAUGGUAACUCUGGAAGUGACGAAACAAAUAUAUAUCAAAGGCCUUCUCUCAACCUGUCCAAUGAGAUGUUUAUGUAUAGACAAGAUGUUGUCAGGUGUAAACAUAACAAGGAUUUGAUCGGAGUUGUUUUGGAGGUAGCUGGUGAAUCAGAUUCUGAGGGUAGUGUUACUGAUGACAGUGAAAGCGAUGAAGAUGAAGAUAAACAUAGUGCCAACCCUGCCACUGGUCAGGGUAAUGACGGUGAUGAUGCUGAUAUGGAGAACAGUGGCAAUGUGGAGGCUCCUGAGGAAACUGAUUCUCUUCCAGAUGGGCAAGUCAGAGUUAUAUGGGCUAAUGGAUCUGAGACAACAAAUGAUCUUGGUGACAUUGAGUUAGUAGAUAGGGGCUUCUUGCAUGGGGAUAUUAUUGCUUCUCUUUCUGAUCCUACAGGACAAUUAGGUCUUGUUGUGGAUGUUAAUAUCUCAGUGGAUUUGCAGGCUGUAAAUGGAGAUAUGAUAAAAGGUGUUCCCUCUAGAGACCUAAAACGCAUAAGGGAAUUCUAUGUGGGUGAUUAUGUAGUUUCUGGACCUUGGCUUGGUCGAGUUAAUGAUGUUUUAGAUAAUGUGACUGUCAUGUUUGAUGAUGGAUCGGUCUGCAAAGUUCUGAAGGCAGAUCCCAUGCGACUUAAGGCAGUCUCCAAGCCUGUCGUGGACGAUGCAAAUUGUCCAUACUAUCCAGGUCAGCGAGUCAAGGCUGCUUCUUCUGUUUUCAAAAAUUCAAGAUGGUUGUAUGGACUAUGGAAAGCCAAUCGUCUUGAAGGCACUGUUACCAAAGUAGAGGUAGCUUCAGUGGUUGUUUACUGGAUUGCUUCAGCAUAUCUUGGUGUUCACACUAAUUCAGCUGCUGUUCCAUCUGAAGAGCAGAGCCCAAAGAAUUUAACUCUAUUAUCUUGUUUUUCGGAUUCACACUGGCAGCUUGGUGACUGGUGUCUACUACCAUCAGUUCCUUGUGUUAAUGGAACUUCAAACACAAGUAUCAAUGAACCUUCUGGAGAAUGCAGGUCUUAUUUGAAGCAUUCCAAGGAGUGUUCUGUCAACCAAUGUACAGAUACUUGUGAAACAAAUUGUGUACAAGGUUCACAACUUGCUGUUGAUGAUUUAUUGACUUCAGAAAAUCAAGCAUUGGAUGGACAUGAUACUGAGGUAUGUACACAGGAUAAUACAGUUACUUCCAGUCACUUGAGCAGCUUUGAUAUUUCUGAUCAUCACUUGGUUUCUGGCCAUCAGUCUGUGUCAUCUGAGGCCUCAGAAGAGUGCCAUUCCCAAAGCAACUGUCCUAUGAAGCCCAAUACUGGGAAUAACUUUGGUGGAACCAAUGGAAUUGAGUCAGAUGAUGUCUCGCCACAGUGUGACUCCAGCAGUGUUUCAACAGCAGUUUCUAAAGAAGCUGCACAUGAAAGUUGGCCUCUUUACCGCAAAAAGCUUCGGAAGGUGUUAUUUAAGAGAGACAAGAAGGCUCGUAAAAGAGAUGAGACUUUUGAACGAGCUCUUUGCAUUGUUAAUAUCAGAACAACUGUUGAUGUCGCAUGGCAAGAUGGAACAAAGGAAUUUGGACGAGACUCAAAGUCCAUAAUUCCAAUUCAUAGUCCUAAUGAUCAUGAAUUCUUUCCUGAGCAGUAUGUAGUGGAACAGGCCUCAGGUGAAGGUGAUGAUUCCUCUGAGACAAAAAGGGUAGGUGUUGUGAGAAGUGUUAAUUCAAAAGAGCGAACUGUAUGUGUGAGGUGGUGCAAACCUGUAACUCGGCCAGAAGAUACCCGAGAGUUUGAUUGUGAUGAAGUGGUGAGUGCAUACGAACUUGAUGGUCAUCCUGAUUAUGAUUAUUGCUAUGGAGAUGUUGUUGUUCGAUUGGCUCCUGCAUCAGAUUCUGCUGAGAAUGCUUAUUGUGGAAGCCCAGACGAUGAAGCCAACCAGCAAAUUGAUCCUACUGAGGAAGGUGCUGCCAGCAAGGAAGAUUCACAUAAUGUAGAAGGGCAGACAGACAAGGAUGCUUCUGGUGCAAAUUUUACAUCCCUGUCAUGGGUAGGCAACAUAACUGGUCUGCAUGAAGGUGAUAUUGAAGUUACAUGGGCUGAUGGAAUGGUCUCAAUGGUUGGUCCUCAAGCAGUUUAUGUUGUCAGUCAGGAAGAUGAUGGCGACUCAUUUGAUGGUGGAAGUGAAGUUAGUGAUGCUGCUGCUAGUUGGGAAACAGUCGAUGAUAAUGAAAUGGAUCUUGAUGACAAUGAAAAGGAAGCAGAUCCACGGUAUACUUCAACCAAGAGUAAUAAGGAAGAUAAAACAACCGCAGCCCCUUCAGAAUUUAGCUGCACAGAGAGGAAUGGACCACUUUCGAUGCCUCUUGCUGCCCUUGGCUUUGUAACUAGAUUUGCUACAGGAUUGUUUUCCCGUGGGAAGAAAGCAGAGCAGCCAGAGUUGGAACAUCUGGUGGGCGAGGGUGAAGAAACUGAAGUUUUGGAAGGAGAAACUGCUGAUGUUAAGCAUGGGUUUGAUACGUCUGACGCAUUGGAUAAACAUAACCCUCAAAAUGGUCUUGAAAUAACAGAAGAAUGUAAUAAUAAUUCACUGGCGGAAGAUACUGAAAUGCAAAUGGGAAAAGAUUUGGGUGGCUUGAAAUCUGUAGAAAUUGAUGCUGAUGGUACAAGAUCACAGAGUGAAGCUGGUUUUUUUGACUUUAAGCACUUUGAUAUUACAGAAAAUCCACUGGAUCAUCAUUUCCUUGGUGGGAGUGGACAGGGUGCGGGUGGAAGGAAGUGGAUCAAGAAGAUUCAGCUAGAGUGGAGCAUCCUUGAGAAGAACCUUCCAGAUGCUAUCUAUGUAAGAGUUUUUGAGGACCGAAUGGACCUUCUAAGGGCUGUUAUAGUUGGAGCAUGUGGAACACCGUAUCAAGAUGGCCUUUUUUUCUUUGACUUUCAGCUUCCGCCGGACUAUCCUCAAGUUCCUCCGUCUGCCUUUUAUCAUUCUGGAGGCUUGCGGGUAAAUCCAAAUUUAUAUGUGGAUGGAAAAGUAUGUCUGAGCCUUUUAAAUACAUGGACUGGCAAAGGAAAUGAGGUUUGGGAUCCAUCAACUUCUAGUGUCCUUCAGGUCCUUGUUUCUCUCCAGGGCCUUGUGCUCAAUGCAAAGCCAUACUUCAAUGAAGCUGGAUACGAAAAGCAGGUUGGGACCAUUGAAGGGGAGAAGAAUUCGCUACCAUAUAAUGAGAAUACAUACCUUUUAAAUUUAAAAUCGAUGUUGUAUCUACUGCGAAGGCCACCCAUGCAUUUUGAAGACUUUGUCAAAGACCAUUUUCGGAGGCGGGGACUUCACAUCCUCAAAGCAUGCGAGGCUUAUAUGGAUGGCUGCAUGAUAGCAUCUCUCACAACAGAUGCUAGCAUGACUGAAAAGAGUAGGGAACAGCCAUGUUCAAUUGGUUUCAAGUUGAUGCUUGCCAAAAUGAUGCCGAAGUUAGUAUCUGCUUUCUCCGAAAUAGGAGUUGAUUGCGACCAGUUCAAACACCUUCUGAAGUCAUAACAGACUCUGAGCCUACAAGGUUUGAACUGUUCAUUGUUUCAUCAGAAAAGUCCAUGGCAUUAUAUGUACAUUAAACCUUAUCAUUGCUUUGCCUCAGCAUAAAAUUUGAGUUUGCUUGCUGAAUUCCACAAAAUGAUUUUCAAAUGGUUAUUUUGUUGCCAUCCUAAUCUUUUGAAAAGCUGAUACGUUUUGAUUACCUCACACCUCUUAAUUGUUUUCUCAUUAUUUUUUUAGAAAUUUUUUUUCUUAGAGGCUGGCUUUCGCGUUAUUUCUGCACUAUUUUUUUUUUUUAUAAUUUAUUCAAAGAUGUAAGAGAUCAGCCGUCAAUUCUCGGAAAGGAGAAAAUGUUACUUGUCUUGAAGGAAGUGACUUCGUUACAUUUUUGUUAUCAAUUUUGCAUUCGGGAUCUUAUAAACAAGGAAAUAUUUGUCGAUUGUACUCAAGUUAUCAUUGUUAUAUUAAGUUUCACUGGUGAUGUGACUUUACUA